GGCCCCGAUCCACGCCGCGUGCUGCGUGCGCACACAGGCGGCGGGACGUACUUAGUCAUCAACUCAGCCCGCUGCCCCGCUCGAGGACGAUGCCCUCCUCCGCGCCUCGCCGCGGCGCCGCCGGCCACGCGCUGCUCGCCGCGCUCCUCGCGUCCGUGCUCGUUCACGCGCGGGCGCAGGACGGCGGCGACGCUUCCGGCGGCCAGGAUCAGGUCAGCACGGCCAUGGUCGCGCUCCUCGCGGCCGUCAUCGCGGUGUUCGUCUUCAUCGCCUCCGCCACCAUCUACCUCCGCCACUGCAGCGGCAGGGCGCCGCCGCCGUCGUCCGGCGACAGCCGCGCGGCCGUCCGCCUAGGCUCCUUCUUCGCCUCGCGGUCGUCGUGGUCGUGGUGGCAGCCGCGGCGGCGCGCCUCGAGCGGGCUCGACGCCGAGGCCGUCGAGGCGUUCCCCACCAUGACGUACGCCGAGGCCAAGGCGCUGCGCGUCGGGAAGGGCGGUGGCGGCGGCGGUGCGCUCGAGUGCGCGGUGUGCCUCAGCGAGUUCGAGGACGGGGAGCGGCUCCGGCUGCUGCUGCCCAGGUGCAGCCACGCCUUCCACCCGGACUGCAUUGGCGAGUGGCUCGCCGGCCACGUCACCUGCCCCGUCUGCCGCUGCAACCUCGAACCUAGUCAUCACAAGGAUGCCACCAGCAGCGACGAGGAGCCGACGGGUAGUUUCCCGCCGAUUCCGAUAGCGAGCAGCAUCUCCAGCGACACGGCGGUCGCGUGGCAGCACGCUGGCCCGCUGCCGGUGGCCGUGGUGAUCGACGUGGCCACGGAGGAGGAGGAGGAAGAGGAGGAGCGGAGGCAGGAGGCGCUGGAGCUGCACCGGAUCGGGACCCAGCAGCGAGCCAUGCGGUCGCGGCCUGGGAGCGGGCCGGCGGCGACGACGGCGCCGCAGCUCGCGCGGUGGCACCACUCCACGGGCGGCCGGUCCCUUGCCGCGCGGCUCGACCGCGACCUGGAGCGGUUCACGCUGCGUCUGCCGGAGCACGUGCGCAGGGAGAUCGUCGCCGCGGCGGCCGAGCGCAGCCUGCAGCUGCGCCGCGGGCGAGGAGCCGCGGGAGGAGGAGGAAGCGGCGGCCGCAGCGCGCCCCUCGUCGGGCUCGGGCGGCUGGGUGGGUGGCAGUCGCUCCUCGGGACGGUGUUCUCCGGGAGUCUGUCCUUCUUUUCGGCGCCGAGGGUGACGGCGAGCUGCUCCGGCGGCGGAGAGGCGCCGUCCUCGUCGUCGUACACGAGGCUGAGAGGGAAGCGCGUGGUCGCCGUGGAUGCCGACGACGACGUUCGUGCUACGGGGAGGAGCAGCACCGGCCCUGACAGCACUGGAGAUGGAGGCGGCGGGUCCGGUGAAAAAGCGACCAGCGAGCGCGAGGUGGCGGCGGGGUAGCGGACGUGGGGAACAGGAUUUGAACGUAGUAGAAAGUAGAAACUUGAAAGGAAUGGACUGUCCAUGAGGACGUGUGGGAUGGCGGUUACGCUGCCGGUUCGGACGUAGGCUGGGAACAGAGAGGAUUUUGAGCCAGGCAGCAGGUAGCUAGAGAUUACUUGAACAUAGUUGAAUUUUUCUUUAAUUUGUAGCCCGAUCCGUUCUGUUGAUGUAUGCAGCAGAAUUUCUCCUGCGUUUUCCUGGAGA